UUUCAAUAGCCACCCGUUGUGUUGCACUUUACAAAAAAUUUUCUUGGCAUUCUUAGUAUGGGCUGUUGAAUUAAAAAUUUUAAUUGAUUUUGUUACUGUCUGUUAAAAAAUAUUUUUCUCUGUAAAAGGAAAUCAAUAUGUCCAGAAGGCCAUUUUUCUCACCCCCUGUGACUCCUCAAUAUGGAUCUGCACCUCGUCCACAAUGGAGAAGACCAGAAAAUGAUUUUAGACAAGCUUGUGCUUCAGUCAAAAGAAGAGACUUUGCUGUAUUCAACCAUGAUUUACCAUAUUUAAACCCUCAUGUUUCUAAUAGAGAUAUUCCUAAGAGACCUUUGCCCUACAGAAAUGGGGAAGUUAAUUCCUACUCUGGUAUAAAUUCAAUUAACAGAUUGCAGCAAAUACGAAAAAGACGCUCUCUUGAAGAGGAGGAGAAACAAAAAAAGUUGAAACUUGAAGCGGAGAAAACAUUUUUUAGUGAUGAAGAAUUUGUGUGUUUUAUGAAUCCACAAUUAAUUGCUGAAUUCAAAAGGGAGGUACAUCUGCAUGGACAGGCAUCCUUCCUGGUUGAUGAAGUUUGCAGAUUUAAUGCAAGAUACCAGUAUAACUUGAAAACAAAAGGAAUCACUUAUGCUGAAAUGUAUUCUGCUAAAAAUCGUCCAAUUGAAAGUUGUCGAAACUGUUGUUUAGUAUGUGAUGUGUAUUUUACAGACAAACAAAUUUAUGACAUUCAUUUGAAAACAAUGCUUCAUCAACGGAUAAAUGCUAUUUUUAUCAAGCUUCAAGAAUUUGCAAAAGACUGGUUUGAAUAUAAAAAGAAUAUACACCAUACUUUAAAGGAAUCUACGCGGAUAGCUGAAAAAGCUGGCGUUGUGAUCAAAAUUGAGGACAAACAACCCUUGGAUGAAAUUUUUAAAGAUGUGGAUGCUUCUAACUUCACGUUAGAGAAUUUUGUUUUGAAGGCAUAUGAAAAACAAAUGAAAAGUAUAUGGCCACAGCCCAAAUCACCAUAUUUUUGCCGGUCUUGUAACUACUCUGAGUUUGCUACCAAUGAAUUACUAGAACGCCAUAGAAAAUCUGCUAGACAUUUAGAGUUUGAACGACAUUAUCAAGAGGCUUUUUGUAUUUCUUGUCAAUUGCAUUGUGGGGAUGCACGUGGAAUGGCGAAACAUUUAAGAACGCCACAACACGAACAGGCUAACCAUCUAAUGGAAGUUACGAAAAUACAUGCAACAAAUUAUUGGCAUACACACAAAGAUGACGUGAAGAAAUCAGAUAAAAAUCAGCUUGAAAAGGAUAAGAAACCGAAAAUGUUGUGUGAGCAACAUACAGAACGAAUAUCUCCUAAUAAACAAAACAAGGCGAUAACUUCACCGUUUAAACAAGACACUAUUAUAGAAGAGCCAUGCAAAGAAACUACGCAUCAGGUUUUUGGACAUCAACAGACUAGUACAGCUGGUAAAGAAUGUGUUAAUGAUAUGAUUGAUGUAGUUUCAGGAGAUACUGCUGAAGAAAUACGAAGAUAUGAAAACAAUGCAAAAGAAAUAAGUAACAAAAAUGACUUUUCAACAAUUUCCAUCUCAGAAACUGAACUUAAUACUUGUGAAUUUAAGGAACGUCUUAAAAGACAAGUCGAAGCAAAAGUAACAGAAACCAUGGUUCAAGAGGAUGAAGUUAAACAAACAGAAAACUAUAGCGAGCCAGUUUUGUCUUUAAUUACACAGAAUGAGGUAAAUACUGUGACCAUGAAAACAGAUGUGCACAAAUGCACUGAAAAUACAGAAACUUCUACAGAACAGCUUCCAAAUGCAAAUAACUUUAGUAAAAGUCAAAUAACGCAACUACUUGAAAUAAAACAACGCAAUAGAGACUUAGAGCAUGAGUUAGAAAACUUUAAGAAUAAACUGCUUGAUUUAGAGAAAUCUGAAAUAGGUGUUCACCAGAAAGAGGAUGAAUCACCUACUUCUAUUGUUGAUGAUUCAGAUGAUAAAUUCAUCGUCCCUCUUACUGGUUUUAUGUGUACUGUGUGCCACGAAACGAUCGAGGAUAAACAACAAGUACUUUCUCAUAAAAUGUUAAAAACGCAUCAGCAAAAUGUACAAGAUCAUCGAAUCAAGUUUGCUGGUCUCUUCAGUUAAUAUCUCUCCAACCAUCUGAAUCAUUUAGUACCAAUACUUACUUCAACAAGUCAAGUAUGACAGCAAAGAGUUGUGUUAUUAUCGUUCGAAAGAAAGACCAGAUAUGAAAUACUGGAAUAACGUAUUUAUAAAACAUAGAUUGAUAAAGUUUUAUACUAUCAAUUAUAUUCCCAAGGAUCGUAUUUCACCUAGACUUCAUGAUAUACCCUUUUAAAAGCAUUUCUUUCCUUUAUUGUUUUCCUGGCUUUAAAAAAUAAAGCGAGAAAGACCAGUGCUUUCUUUUAUCUCUUGAAACCUAAGUUUUGAAUAACAAACGUUUUUUUUAAAUUAGAUAACUUUAAAAAAUAUUUUGUUCACAACUACCUCUUUCCUGAGUCUACAGUUUUCGCAUUGAUAUUGAAGCUCCUUGAAAUGUUUGUAAAGGCCGUGUAGGUCACGUCUUCCCUUGUAACAUGCAGAAAAACCUUUUUAAUACAUUAAUUUUUGUUAUACACUUGUUUCUAUUUAUAGUUCUAUAAUUUAAACCUCUUACUAGUGUUGUAAUAUUGUCUAGCUUCUUUUUAUAGAUUCUAGUAGUUUAAUUACCAAUAA